CCGAAGGGAAAGGCAACAAAGAGUUAUUGGAGUUUCUUUCCAUUGAAGAAUGUGAACCCAACAUAAGAACGUGGAAUUUAAAAGUGAUCACUAGAGGAAAAACAUGUCCAAAUUCCUAUAACAACAGCAUUAUAUUUGAGAUAAGAAUAAUCUCUUAAGGUUAUGACUUAAAACCAGAACCCCACCAUUUGCAUCUUUGCCUUUGCAUACCCUUUUGUUAAAGCCAAGACCUUGCUUCUCUCAGAUUUGUGAAGAAGGAGGUGGGGGAAGGGAUAGAACAGGGAGAAACCUAGGAGAGAGAAAGUUAAAGCACAAAUGUGAGGCUCUUGUUGAAACACACAAGUGUUUUGUUUUUCUCAACUGUGUUUUUGUUUGUCCUAGUUGUAGAUUCAGUUGCAUGCAUAUAUUUUGGUUCACACAUAUUUCUCUCUCUCUCUCUCUCUUAUAACUUUACCUUUCUAUCCUCUGGGAUUAUGAAGUGGUAAGGAAAUAAUCAGCCACAGACCCAAAAACCAACCAAAGCUUCCUCCUUUUCUCCAAUGGCAACUUGGGUUUUAUCAGAAUGUGGUUUAAGGCCUCUUCCUCCUGUAUUUCCACGGCCAACAAGGCCCAUUUUGUGCCAAAAGCCUUCAAAGUUUAGAUUUUUUAGCACAAAUAAGGGAGUGGCAGAUCUGAAGCUCCAACCAAGAGGAUUUUCAAGUUGCAACUAUAGGGAGAGAAGGUGGGAAUUGGGAGUGAGUGCACCCGUGAGGGUUGCCACCAGCGAGGGAGAAGAAGAAAGUGUGAAUGGCGCUAAUGGGGUUGGAGAGGAAGUACCUGAAUUUGACCCUAGUGCACCACCACCCUUCAAUUUGGCAGAUAUAAGAGCUGCCAUUCCUAAACACUGCUGGGUGAAGGACCCUUGGAAAUCCAUGAGUUAUGUAGUGAGGGAUGUCAUUGUGGUUUUUGGUUUGGCUGCUGCUGCAGCUUAUCUCAACAACUGGAUAGUUUGGCCUCUCUAUUGGGCUGCUCAGGGAACAAUGUUCUGGGCCCUCUUUGUUCUUGGUCAUGAUUGUGGUCAUGGAAGCUUUUCAAACGAUCCCAAGCUGAACAGUGUUGCUGGGCACUUGCUGCAUUCAUCAAUUCUAGUUCCAUAUCAUGGAUGGAGAAUCAGUCAUAGAACACAUCACCAAAAUCAUGGCCAUGUUGAAAAUGAUGAAUCCUGGCACCCGUUGCCAGAGAAAAUUUUCAACAGCAUGGACAAUGUAACACGUACUUUAAGAUUUAAAGUACCUUUUCCAUUGCUUGCGUAUCCCAUCUACCUUUGGAAUAGGAGUCCUGGGAAGACUGGUUCUCACUUUGAUCCAAACAGUGAUUUGUUUGUCCCAAGUGAGAGAAAAGAUGUUAUCACUUCAACAAUUUGUUGGACUGCUAUGGCUGCCUUGCUUGUAGGUUUGGGAUUUGUGAUGGGUCCAAUUCAAUUGCUUAAGCUUUAUGGCAUUCCCUAUGUGCUUUUUGUUAUGUGGUUGGAUUUGGUGACUUAUUUGCAUCACCAUGGCCACGAAGACAAAUUACCUUGGUAUCGUGGAGAGGAAUGGAGCUACCUUAGGGGUGGCCUAACAACUAUUGAUCGUGACUAUGGAUGGAUCAAUAACAUUCACCAUGACAUUGGAACCCAUGUCAUUCAUCACCUUUUCCCUCAAAUACCACACUAUCACUUAAUAGAAGCAACUGAGGCAGCUAAACCAGUUCUUGGUCAAUAUUACCGGGAGCCAAAGAAAUCUAGCCCUCUUCCAUUUUACCUCAUUGGAGAAUUGCUAAGAAGCAUGAAGAAAGACCAUUUUGUGAGUGACACUGGGGAUAUUGUGUACUAUCAAACAGAUCCUACAAUUAGUAACACUUCCACAUCACAGUGAAACUUCCAUUUUUCCCUCUUGAAGACAGAGAGAGGUCACUGAAUAUGUUGCUGCUGCAUAUGACACAAUUUCUGAACUCUGAAGAUUUUGUCUGAGAGCUUAUGCUCUCAGUGAGUCUACUUGAACUUCUUCCUUGAAGAACAAGGAAUCUGUAAAUUGCUAAUUCUUGAUGAAGGGUAUGCUGUCUUCAUCGAUUUAAUUAAUAUUUUUUGCUCAAACUCAAACACCAAUGAUGAAUGAUAAUUGAAUAGAAUUGUAUCAACAGAUGUCAUGUCACUGUCUUUUGCUUAUCACUUCUUUUUGUAUUCCUCUUCGUUUAGUGGUUGUUGAUAUUUCUUUAGAUAGUGUCUCAAAUCAUGUAAUCUUCUUAUACACUAUAUUGAAGGUUGUUUUAUUUUGGUCCAGUUA